AUGGUUUCUCAGGAAAAAUACUCAGAGUUGGAAUCACUCCCAUUCACUAAAAAAGAAACUGUCGGGUCUAAGACGUUCGCGCCUGUAGUAUUCACGCUCGAAAAAGACUCCUCUAGAACUGUUACUAUCAUUCCUGUUACUUCCUCUGAUGCUGUUCCUAGAGAAUUAAUCGAGGUGUUGAGAGAAGAGUUCAACUUCGUGGUUGAAGAAGGAAGAACGUACCCUUACGAAAACUCGUUGAAUCAUGAGGAUUUCUUGAAAAACUGGUUCAGUUCUUUCGUAGCUAUAUUGCUUGAAGGAGAUUACCCAGAGGGAUUUGAAAGUGCCGAAUUAAAGAAUCAACAACUUACCCAAGAAGAGUGGACCACAAGGUUUUUAGGAAACUUUUACAUCAAACCAAACUACGCUGGAAGAUGUUCUCACGUUUGCAAUGCCGGAUUUAUUGUAAACCAUGUGAAGAGAGGUUUGGGACUCGGUAAGGAGUUGGGUAGGAAGUACUUGCAUUAUGCUCCCCAAAUCGGAUACGUUUAUUCCGUUUUUAACUUGGUCUUUGAAACUAACCCUGCCAGUAUGAGAAUUUGGGACGGUUUAGGGUUCGAGAGAAUCGGUUAUGUCAAGAAUGUAGCAGUCUUGAAAGGUGAAAAGAACUUAGUGGGUGCUUAUCUCUAUGGUAAGGAUCUCUAG